AUGACACAAAACAAUAAACAUCAAAAAUCAAUGAUGAGGGAACCACUAGAAAGGACAUGGAGUGAUCAGAAACUUUUAAUAAUUACCAUACUUUUGACCACAUGGUCCUGGUUCAGUAGAUCAAAUGAAAAAUAUGAGAGAAUAAUCAAUGACAGUCUGAGAUCUUAUGAAAGAUGUUUGGAAGAUGAGAACACAGUAGAGCAAUGUAUCAAUUAUUUCAAAGUUGAAGUUCUUCAUGGAGCUAGAAAGGUAUUCAAACAACAAUAUUCAAAAGAAAUCCAAAGCUGUUUUGAUAACCAGGAAAAACGUUUACUAAAGCUUGGUAGAAGCGAUGUCAGAAAGGCGCUAAACUCUUUCAAUACAUGUUUUGUGAAUAAAAAGCAAGAUGUCGUAUCAAAUGGUAAUAUAAAACUCAAAUAUAUUAUCAUCGCUUUUAUAUUUGGGAUCCUUGGAUUCAGUAUCUUAAGGGCAAUAGUGAUAUUUUCUUCAUGGAAAAGUUCCAAUGGAAGGCUAGAGCGCAAAUGUGAUAAAUUUACGGCCAAAACGAAUGAUUCUAUUAAACAAAUCGGAGAGAAAUUGAAUAUUAUGACAGAGCAGUUGAAUCGAACAAAUCAAAAGAUAUUUGAGCUAGAAUAUGACAAUGAACUCUGGAAGAAAGUUCAAGAACUCGAAGAAAUACAGACAAGGUUACAACUACUGUUGGACCAAAUUAAAAAAGAUUCUAGUUGGGAACUUGCUAAAAUUAAUACUAGCAUCAAACCACUAUUGGAGAAUAAGAAUUUGGAUAAAUCCCCUCUUGUUAUUCAAGAAAAGAAUACCGGUUUAUUAUUUGAUAUGAAGACUCAGAAGGGUAUAACCAAUUGGAAGAAGUAUGUUGGUAAGAUUGAAGAUCAUGAAGGCCCGCCAACAAAAAUUCCCGAACUUACACCAUUAUCAUUCUCUCCAAUUUCGCCAGACUUGAGCAAAGUAAACCUUUUUGACAAAAAUGGAAAACCUUUCAGGAGGGUUUUUCUUCCUGGUACAGGCUGGAUAACCAGGAAUAAAUGUAUUCAAAUUAUGAAGGAAGCUAGCAUUAGUCUGAGGGCAGAUGAAAACACGAAUUCUAUAACGUAUUAA